AUGGCGUUUCUCGCGAAGCUCGGCGCUCUCACAGACGAGCUGGUCGAGGUCAUUACAUCGACGCCGGAUAAGAAGAUUGGCCGGGACAAGUUCAACGUACUGCGCGAAUCAUCGCUCCGGAGCUUGAGAUAUCACAACUUUUUGCGCACCAACCAGUUCGACAUCGAGAAACAGCUUGUAGGCCUCGAAGAGCGAUUCCGGGUUCACCACCGCGAGGGCUUGGCCGAUGCCUUUAAAGAGCGCUUGGAUUCGCUGGAGGAGCACCGCACGAAAUGGCAUCCGGAUAUUCUGCACUUUCUCCUCGAGCUUUCCGAUCAACCGACACACAAGACUCGACUGAUUGAUCUGGAAGUUCUGAGGGAACCGGACGAGGAUGCCAAGCCGCCCCUCAGAUGGGAGGAUAUAGCAAAAGAAGAUGGCUGGAACAACGACCCCGAUAUUUGGAAGACCAUCGACUACAGCGACGGAUCGGCCGAUGAAUACGUUGACGCGAAUUCCGACACCGCGAGCGAAACCGACGAUACGUCCCUCUCAGGUCUCGACGUCGCGGUCGGCAGGCGGCCCGAGGACUUUGAGGUUAUACCGGCAGACGGAGCCGCACUCAAAGAGGUGCAAGAAAGCCAAGCAUGGAGGCAAGGCGGCAAUAAAGUGGAAGGACGGCAGCAUAAGGUGCCCGUGACGGAAUUUCAAGCGGCAAGAGAAGUCCUGUUCAUGCUGCAGGGCCUUCCAACGACCCUUUUCCAAAAAGAUGGACUUCCUGAUCCCGCGUAUCAGUUGUCGAAUAUCAUGUGGGACACCCACAAGGCAUUGAUCAACUGGUACGCGGAAACUGGCCGCCAGAUGUCACUCUUGCGAACUUUUGCAAAGAAGGCUCAGAACGCGCCCCUUUUCCAGGUAUUCCGCGACAAUGUGCUCGCGAGUCUAAGGAUCUUUGACCGAAGGAUCACGGAUAUUCAUCAACGUCUGUCGGUCGCCCGUGAGGACACAAUCGUCAGCAUGGCUGCCAUCCUCGAGGAGCUCAAACCACAUCUAGAGCCCCUGAGAUCUCUAUCCGAAAUCGUACGCCAGCUCUACGACCCAGCUAACGGCGGGGCAUUUCGUUACCUGGAGCUGAUCUACGAUGAAAUCGGCAUCGCCCAGCUCUCGGGGCGAGACACGACUUACAACUUUCUUGUGCACAUUUUCUUCAACUGUUUCCAAGUGUACUUGCGGCCCAUUCGCCUUUGGAUGUCGGAAGGACAGCUUGUCCCAGGAGACAAGAUUUUCUUCGUUUCUGAAUCAUCAACUCAAGUGCCGCUUCGUCAGGUUUGGCAGGAUCAAUUCAAGUUGAGGAGAACAUCAGAUGGUGUACUUCACGCUCCGAGCUUUCUGCAGCCUAGUGUGGGCAAGAUAUUCACGGCUGGCAAAAGCAUCGUCGUUCUCAAGCACCUUGGCAAGUACGAAACGGUGCGGACGCUGUGGGAUGAAAAGGAGCCGCCCCUUACAUUCGAAAGCGUAUGUCCAUCCGGUUUAGAGCUGGCACCAUUCCCUGAGCUCUUCACCUCGGCCUUCAACCUCUGGAUGCAAAGCAAAUACCACGCCACCUCAGAGACUCUCAAGCAGACGCUUUUCGAUUCUUGCAGGCUUGAGGCUGGUAUUGAGGCUCUGAAAUACCUGUACCUAAUGACGGAUGGAGCCGCUGCAGACUCGUUUUGCAACGGGAUAUUCGCUCGACUAGAUGCACUCCGGCCCGAUUGGCACGACAGGUAUUCUCUGACUGGCCUGGCACAGGAGGCGUACAUGUCGCAAGUAGACCCGACUCGAAUCGUCGUCACUGUCAGUCAGGAAGGCCAAAAAAUACCCAUUUUGGCCGCUCGCGACAUGGUUCAAAGAGCACUUCCCGGAAUCGUCUUGCAAUAUCGCCUGCCUUGGCCUGUUCAGCUUGUGGUAACUCCAGACACAAUCGUCCACUAUCAGGCCAUUUUCACACUGCUGAUGCAGAUCCGCCGGGCCGCUGGUCUGCUGCGUCGCAACCGCAUUCUCGACGAGCUUGUGACACACAGGGACGUCUGGGGCAACAGGGCGUUGUACUACUCUCUCCGCUCAAAGCUCAUGUGGUUCUGCAACUGCAUUCGAACCUACCUGGCAACUCUCGUAUUAGCACCGUACACGGAAAGACUUCGCCAGAAUCUGCGAGAGGCAUAUGACGUCGAUGCCAUGAUUAGGGUCCAUGCAGCCUUCGUGAAGCAGGUCGUGGACGCGGCGUGUCUCGGCAAGAAACUUGAUCCAAUACGGGGCGCCGUUUUGGACAUAAUGGACCUAGCCGCACAACUGGAAGACGCGCAAAGCGCUAGUGCCGCCGAAGAAGCGGAGGAGGCGCAGGAGCUGUCCCGCCUCUCCAUCAUGUCGUCGCCGAUGAAAGCGAGCCCUCGGCGACGAAAACUGGUCGCGUACGCGGAAGACGGUGACGACGACGGUGCGGAGGGUCCCGGAGGCAGGGACCAAAGGGGCACCAUCAAUGCCGGCAGGGGUUACCUCGAGAGUCUCCGGGAGAUUAAGACCGAUUUCGAGAGGCACCUGAGGUUCAUCUGUGGGGGUCUGAGAGGGGUCGCCAGGGCUUCAAGCGACGAGGCGGCAGCGAAAUGGGACCUCUUGGCCGAAAUGUUGGAGGUGGGCGUGAAAGAAGGCGCCUGA